CUCCUGACUGCGCCGACAAUUCCUACAACUAACACAUUCUUCCAUGAAGCGUGGAAGAUUCAAUUGGAAUUGGCUCGUGCUGCAGCAAGUGAAGACCCAUUCACCAGCGGCCUUACAAAGAUGAUGCAAGAGAAGUUUGAUAAUUAUUGGAAGAGCUGUUGCUUAAUGUUAGCUAUUGCCGUAGUAAUGGAUCCACGCUUCAAGAUGAAACUUGUUGAGUUCAGCUUUUCAAAAAUAUAUGGGGACGAAGCAGCCACCUAUGUGAAGAUUGUUGAGGAUGGAAUCCAUGAGCUCUUUCAUGAAUAUGUGGCUCUUCCUCUGCCUCUAACCCCAACUUAUAUUGACGAAGUAAAUGGCGGUCCUAUGAGGCAGGAGGAUGGCCAAGGCCUCGAUGCCUCUUGUAACGGGCUUGGACUUACUGAUUUUGACGUCUACAUUAUGGAGACUUCAAGCCAACAGUCCAGAUCAGAACUUGAUCAAUAUCUGGAAGAGUCCUUGCUGCCUCGUGUUCACGAGUUUGAUGUGGUGGGCUGGUGGAAGCUUAACAGAAUGAAGUACCCAACUUUGUCAAAAAUGGCUCGUGAUAUCUUGUCAGUUCCUGUUUCAACCGUUACAGCUGAUUCUGUAUUUAGCACAGUUAGCAAAGAGAUGGAUCCUUACAGGUGUUCCUUGCGACCUGAGACCGUGGAGGCCCUCAUCUGUGGCAAGGACUGGCUUCAGAAUGCAGCUACAGACACUUCACCUGCACCAAUAAAAAUGGAAGUCCCGAUUUAGGUUUCUGGUUAUGUUAGAUACCUGUCUAGAAUAGCUUUAUAGCUCAUUAUUUCUGCUUUCUUUAGGCUAUGAAAAUUUUCUUCUUCGUGUCCUUGGAAAAUCGACUUUUCCUGUAUCAUAGUAAUUCGGUUUUACUUGGCUUAUUUGAGAGCUUAAUCCUCAUUUUCAAUCUUGUUUCGCAUCAUGUCUGAAUGCAUGAGGUUAGCUUAACCUGGUGCAUGAUAUGGAUGUGUUGCUAUAGAGUUGUGCUGCUCAAA